AAAGACACACACACGCCAAGACGUUUUGUACGUGAAUAGUUUCGCUGGCUCCGCUCACUUGCUUUUGCCGUUCAAUCGUACACAAUAAAUACGGGCUACCAGCGAAAGCAGUGGUUGAUAUUUUGCUCGUGACGUAUUAUCGUCUGCUCCUCAAAUGUGUAAAAUGUUGAUGCCGCCCACGACAUAUGGUCGAUGGAGAGGAGAAAACCGGAUGGUUGAGCCAAAAGCUAAGUUAUCGCUUUGUAAAAAGCGAUAAUUACUCAUUCAUUGACGACGGAGCGGAGAACAAAACAGUAUUUACUUUCGUGCAUCCGCAGUCAACAUAAAUUAUCUGUGAAUGACAUUCUGGUCGCUCGGAAACCUCCCACUCGUUCUUUUUUUCCUCAACACCAAGUCCUCCGUGGGAAUCUAGCUGAAUUCCCUAGGAAGCUGCACCGUGAAAUUGACUUGCUGUACAGCGUGUGGACACUGUUUGUCGUGCCUCAGUUCAUUAGCAACAACUGCAGCGUGAAAGCAUUGGACUAUUUUGACAUCGGGGAUAUCAAGGAAAAAGGCACCUUUUGAAAGUUCCUCAAGAUGAUGCGCCUUAGUGCGCUGAUGUUGUUCCUAGUUGGGUGUUCAGCAGUUAACGCCCAAGUGACGAAUUCCACCCAGGGACCCAUGCCGACGACCCCCUGGGCCUCCACUAACCCAGGGGUGAUUACCACAGUUGCAGUCAGUCUACCACAUACCGGUGGUGGGGUGACCACCGACACAAUGACCUCAGGGGUCCAGUUCAUGACCCCUCAGAGCUUGCCUACCACUGCGACAACCCAGGUCACCAACAGCACCCAAGGAGGUACAACAAUCGGGACGUCAGUGACUGCCGAUCCGAGGUACCCGUUAUACAUCAUGGGAUUCUUUCCGAUAACGGGGGAUAGUUUUCACCGUGGAAGUAGCGCCUUACUGGCUGCUAACCUUGCUCUGGAACACAUCAAUGAACAGGCAGACAUUCUCCCUGGAUACAAGUUGGCUAUGAAAUGGAACGAUAGUAAUUGCAAUGCUGGUAUUGCCACACAGGGACUGUUUGAGCACAUCAACUCUGAUACACGCUACCACAUGCUGCUUGGGGCUGGAUGCUCCUCGGUUGCUCAAACCAUCUCGCUGGCUGCAGACCUCUGGAACAUUAUUCAGGUUUCCUACUCAGCAUCCAGUCCAGCGUUGUCAGUUCGUAACCAGUACAAAUCCUUCUUCCGUACCAACGCUGCUGAUUCCCAAUAUAACUUUGCACGACUGGCUAUGAUUAAGAAGUUCAACUGGACUAGGGUAGCGACACUUCAUGAGAACCAAGAAGUCUUCUCUACGUCCAUUAAUGAUUUCAGCUCUGCAUUGGCUAACUCUAAUAUUGACCUCAUCACAUCAGAGAGCUUUACAACAUCUCCAAAGGAGCAAGUCCUCAAUCUUAAGAACAAAGAAGCAUGGAUUAUAUUUGGCAAUUUUUACGAGAAGAUGGCUAGACGGGUAUUUUGUGAGGCUUAUGAAAUAGGACUGUAUGGUAAGAACUAUGCAUGGUUCCUACCCGGAGGUUACAAGUCCAAAUGGUGGGCUGAACCGGACCCGGAUGUCCCCUGCACCAAGGAGCAGAUGUAUGAGGCGGUAAAAGGCUACAUCUCGACGGAAAACAUCCCACUGAGUAAAGAAAAAGAUAAGGUCACCAUCUCAGGUUUGACUCCCACGCAGUAUGAGACAACUGUGAAUGAGCGAUUUGAGAGGGCGAAAAACACCUCCAGUGACUUCAUUGAGAACAAGGCUGCUGCAUCGUACGCUUACGACGCCACUUGGACUAUUGCACUAGCCCUCAACAAAAGUCUAGUCAAUUUAACAACAAAGAACCUUGAGGAUUUCGAUUAUGAAGACACUGAGACAAGGGAUCUGUUGAUGGAGGUUCUUUACAGUUUACAAUUUGAUGGUGUGUCGGGUAAAGUUAGUUUCACUGAAGUUGGAAACAGAGAAGGUCUAAUUGAAAUCAGACAACUGAAAGGUCAAGAGGAGGAGGCAGUUGGUUAUUACUCACCACAGGAGGAGAAUCUGAACAUUACUAACAUUGAAUGGCCAGGUGGAAAGGCCCCUAAAGACGCCACCACUGUGGAGAAUAUUACCCAGACCAUCUCCCCAGUCUACAUCUAUGUAGCAUCUGGUUUAUCUGGUGUUGGGGUCAUCUUUGUAGUAGUGCUUUCUAUUCUGAUGUUCAUCUACAGGCAAAGAUCAGCGUUUCGUCGUGCUAUGCCAGGCUACCUUGGGUUGAUGCUGUUUGGCUGUGCCCUUCUCUACUGUUCAGUGGUUCUUCUUGGUAUGGACAGCAGUUUUGUGGGCGAUGAAUACUUCACUGUAACAUGCAAGUUGUGUUCAGUGACACUCACUAUCGGAUUUGCUUGUGCAUAUGGUGUGCUAUUCGCCAAGAUCUAUCGAGCUCAUAAACUGCUGGUAAUGAAGACUAACCUGUGGAAACCGGAUCCACACGGUGGCCACAUGGCACGGACUUUGAUGAUAUUUCUUGUCGUAGAUGUCGUCGCCCUAGUGGUAUGGAUUGUUGUCUUUCCAAUGGAGUCCAGUGUGGUAACUGUGGGAAGCAGGGAUAAUUUUGAAGAGAACACCUUGUACAAUGACAUAGUAGAGUUUUGUAACAAGGAUAACUCAAUCUACUUCAUUGUGGGUCUGUUUGUGUUUCAUGGACUUGCUCUCCUACUUGGAGCUUUCCUUGCCUAUGAAACCCGUGAGCUGAAGAUCCUAUCCCUCAAUGACAUCUUCAGUACUGGUAUCGCCGUGUACUGUGUGGUCACACUCAGCGUUGUCAGUGCACCAUUGUCAUUUAUUCUGAGUAACACACCAGAGAUCUCCUUUGCUGUUAUUGGUACUCUGACAUGGUGUGCCAUCACUCUCUUGUUGAUUAUCGUCUUCAUACCCAAGUUGAUGUCAUUGCGUCAUACCUUCAGCGAGAAGAAGGAUAUGAACUACCGGACUGAUGAUGAAAUAUACGAAGAUGAGGUGGACGAGGAGACAAAACUGCGUCACAAAAUUGAUGAGGUCGACAGACAAAUUGAUAUCGUCAAGACUGAGAUAAAUCGCCGCACUAACUACGGUCGUCAGGGCACCAAGCAGGGUUGUGGUCUGUGGUGCCUGGGCUACUUCAUUGGUUGCAACUGCGGCCAGAAGUCCAGCGAGGUGGCAGAGAUUAUUGCCGCAGUCGGUGGAGAGGACAGCACGGAGAGUCGAACCCUGGCCUAUGACAACAAGGGGCUCCAAGUCUCUGACUGGAAUCUUGAUGAGGGUGCUCAUGCUCCGUCCAACAAUGAUGUUCCCACUGGAAACGGAAUCCCAACAGUCUCAACUGAAGUCGAUGAUGCCGACACCUCUGAUAUUACAGUCGCAGUGGAGGCGUACCAUGAACCACCAAAGUAUUCCACGGCCAUUGCUCAGAAAACUGCUGUAGCUGAGAAGGCCACCGCAGCAGGAGGUGGUGGUCUUGCAGCGGGUGUUGCUGCCGUUGCUGGCGUUGCUGCUGGUGUCGCAUCUCAGGCUGCUCGAAAGGCUGGUGAAACACUGCAAGAUGAGGAGAUUAAGGAUGACAACCAUGAAGCCUAUCGAUAUGAAGAUGGUGGUAAAGAUCAACAGGAACCUAAGGAGAAUGACUCGCCCCCUAUCAGCAUGCAAGGUAAUCAUACACAAAUAGAUGAAAAUGGCAUUGACCAAGACGCUGAUUACAUAGAAAGUACAAUGAUGUAAUAUCUUAAAGCUCUUGAUCAAAUAUUGAAUAUAAACUCCUUGCACAAAAUAUCACAAGCAGCUACCCAUUUUGGGAGUCAAUUUGCACGAAAACAAGUUAUGGAAAUAAUAAGAAUAAGCAGGCGCCCAACAUCAAACCAGCGCCCAACAUCAAACCAGUCACUGAGCGCUUUACAAUAUUAAAAAGAGUGUAUUAAAAAGCAUGUUAAAGGCACUGGACAAUCUUUGGUAAUUACUCAAAUAAACCGUAAAACCGCAUAAAAACUUACUUGGUAAUGAGCA